AUGUCGAGUGAAGGUUCUCAAUUCGUAUCAUUGGACAAAGAUGGUUUGCAUUUGCUCGACGUCCAAGAAAAGAAGUCGGUUAAGCUCGGUUUACCCUUCGCAUUACCGGACAAAACCGAACCGGUUUGCGUCCUUCAUUGCAAUGGAAUGUUGUGUCUCACUCUGGAAUAUAGCAACUCCCGUUUCACCAAAAAACAAGAUAACUCCUUGGUGAUUCUGAACCCGGCUACUAACCGAUUCAAGUUCAUACCGGUCGUUAAACCGGGUCAGAGAUCAGACGUUUUCGGGUUCGGUUACGAUAAAUUCUCCGAUGACUACAAGAUCGUGACGAUCAUAGAGGGAAGGACUUACAUCUUCAAGUUCAAAUCCAAUUGUUGGGAAGAGAGCAAACCGGUUCCUUCUCAUGAUUUCGUUUUCAAAUACCGAGCCGGCGGUACGGUCGUGGACAACAACAUGUACUGGAUUGCUUACCGGUCAGACAAGAAAGAAAACUCGAUCUUGUCCUUUGAUUUCACCAAGGAAGAAUUCCAAGAACAAACCCUUCCAAUAAACUCGAGGUGGAAAAUCAAUUCCUGGCUAGGGGUUUUAAGAGGAGAAGUAUGCGUCAUCGAUCAUUACCCCGAUUUGGCCGACGAUAUCAGCGUAUAUGCCCCUCAGAGGAGCGGCCCGAAGAUCGUGAGAUGGGACAGUUCUGUUUGGGUCCGAACGAGAAAGGCACUUUCCUUACGAGGGCCGAUCAAGAUUGCGGCUGCUUGCGUCACGGGGGGCGGCGAACUCGUGAUAACCCUAACUGGUUAUAAAGGCCAUGAUAGAUAUGGAGACAAGAUGUUGGUCUACGAGGCGAAAGACGAGAAAUUUAGGGAAAUUCGAUUUGAAAAUACUUCUUUGAGAGGGGUUAGAUGCAUGUGUGAAUAUGCGAAGAGCUCGAGCUUCGUUUCGGUUUCGGUUGAUAAACCUAAGACUAAGUGCUGA